CCAAUGGUAAGAUGGACUCCAAACCGAAGAAGCUGGAGCCAGUACUUUUGCCAGGAGAGGUCAUCGUGAAUGAAGUCAGCUUUGUGAGGAAAUGCAUCGCAGCGGACACGAGCCAGUACGACCUGUGGGGCAAACUGGUCUGCAGCAACUUCAGGGUCUCCUUCCUCACUGACGACCCCGUGCCGUCACAGAAGUCCCACUACAGAAACCUCCUCCUUGGAGAGCAUGACGUGCCCCUGACCUGCGUGGAGCGGAUUGUCACAGUAAAUGACUACAAGAGGAAGCAGAAAGUCCUAGGCCCCAACCAGAAGCUGAAGUUUAAUCCCACAGAGUUGAUUAUUUAUUGUAAAGAUUUCAGAAUUGUCAGGUUUCGCUUUGAUGAAUCAGGGCCUGAAAGUGCCAAAAAGGUGUGCCUUGCAAUAGCUCAUUACUCCCAGCCAGCAGACCUCCAGCUACUCUUUGCAUUUGAAUAUGUUGGGAAAAAAUGCCACAACUCAGUCUGUGGCAGUCCCGGGGCACCAUCAGGAGGCGGUGGCCAGAAAACACCACUGUUUGAAACUUACUCUGACUGGGACAGAGAGGUCAACAGGACAGGUGCUUCUGGGUGGAGAGUAUGCUCCGUCAACGAGGGCUACAUGGUCUCCACUUGCCUCCCGGAGUACUUCGUGGUGCCCAGCUCCUUGGCAGACCAGGACCUGAGGACCCUCUCCCACUGCUUCGUUGGGAGGAGGACGCCGCUCUGGUGCUGGAGCCAUGCCAACGGCAGCGCGCUGGUGCGGAUGGCCCUUGUCAGAGACGUACUGCGGCAGCGGCAGGUGGAGCAGAGGAUCUGCAACGCGGUGACCAAGAGCCACCCACAGAGGAGCGACGUGUACAGAUCUGACCUGGACAAGGCCUUGCCUACCCUUCAGGAGAUCCAGGCGGCCUUUGUGAGACUGAAGCAGCUGUGUGUUGACGAACCCUUCGAGGAGACGGAGGAGAAGUGGCUGUCGUCCUUGGAGGACACGCGGUGGCUAGAGUACGUCAGGGCAUUCCUCAGACACUCGGCAGAACUCGUGUGCGUGCUGGAGAGCAGGCGCCGCUCGGUCAUCCUGCAAGUAACCGCUCUCUCCGUCGCAUUGGCAGAGGAGGAGGGCAGAGACCUGAGCUGCCCUGUGGCUUCCCUGGUCCAAGUGAUGCUGGACCCUUACUGCAGGACCGUCACUGGCUUCCAGAGUCUGGUGCAGAAGGAGUGGGUCAUGGCGGGCCACCAGUUCCUGGACAGGUGCAGCCACUUGAAGAGGUCGGAGAAGGAGUGUCCCCUGUUCCUGCUGUUCCUGGAUGCCACGUGGCAGCUGCUGGAGCAGUACCCGGCAGCGUUCGAGUUCACGGAGACCUACCUGGCGGUGCUCCACGACAGCACUCGGAUCCCGCUGUUCGGCACCUUCCUCUUCAACUCACCCCACCAGCGGGUGAAGCAGAGCACGGAAUUUGCUAUUAGCAGAAAUAUCCAGCUGGGUGAUGAGAAGGGCCUGAAGUUCCCUUCAGUUUGGGACUGGUCUCUCCAGUUCACGGCGAAGGACCGUGCCCUGUUCCAUAACCCCUUCUACAUCGGAAAGAGCAUGCCCACCAUACGGAACGGCUCCAUCAGGGCCUUUAAACGGACAAAGAAAAGCUACAGCUCCACACUAAGAGGAGCCCCAUCCUCCUUGAAAAACGGACUCCUCGGUGACCACGAGGGACUUCCAAGAAGGAACUCUGUAGUGUUGCCGCCGAGGCGAGACCCGCCUCAUGCAAGCCAUGGCCAGGACAACGACACGGAGCAGUAUUUGAGAGCGUGGUUUUCCAAGCCAGUCGACCUGCACGGGGCGCUGCUUCCACGCCUCUCAGGGACGCACGUCAAACUGUGGAAGCUGUGCUACCUCCGCUGGGUCCCCGAGGCCCAGAUCCACCUGGGGGGCCCCAUCACCGUCUUCCACAAGCUCUCCGUCCUUGCGGACGAGGUGCGUGUGCUGGGCAGCAGGCUCCGACAGCAGCAGGGUGGGCCUCUGGGGGUCUGCGGCGCAGAGCCGGUCCAGGGGGCCACGUACUUCAGAGCCAGCGGCCCCCACGACAGCGCGGGGACGCCGGAGUUCCUGUCCUCCUCGUUCCCCUUCUCUCCUGUGGGAAACCUGUGCAGAAGGAGCAUUUCAGGGACUCCGCUAAGCAAGUUUCUCGGUGGUGCCAAGAUCUGGCUGUCUACGGAGACGCUGGCCAGCGAGGACUGAACGCAGCGGCUGGCGUGAAGGGGCGUCCCUCGUCCUCCCCCUGAGCUGGCUGGCUGUCCGACAGCCCCGGAGCUCGGUGCUGGGGUCGGGAUCUGCCCUGCUGUUGGAAACCACAUCGGAGCGUGCCGCCCUGCUUCAGUCCAUCAUCCCGGCUGCUCAUUCCUCGGGGUCCUGGCCCUGUGAGGUCCGCCUGCUCCGCCUGCCACCUCUGAGGGUUACCUGAGACCCCAGGAAGAGGCAACAGGAGAAUCAGUGGUGUGACCCCGAACCCCCAGAGGCUUUAGAAGCGGUUCAUGUGUCUGUGACUCCUCAUUGAACCCCCUUAACGGGGGCUCUGUGUUCCCAGGUCAGAAUCUGUUGUUUUAGAAAACCUUGGUUAGGGACUAGCAGAUAGCAUAAUGGCUAUGUCGCUGAACUCCCAUGUAGGUGACUGCAAGUUCAAGUCCUGGACCUGGUGGCUUAAACUCACGCCGGGCAUGUGUGUGUGUGUGCCCAAGAUCCU